UAGAUCAGCACCCAAUACCAUAAUAUUUUUGGCUUUAGCAGACCCAGUUCUAUCCACUGUCACUGCUAAGCAUACAACAUAGUUGCUUAGUGUCCUGAUCUCGAAGUUUGAAGAGAAAAUGGUGACAGUGGAAGAUGUCCGAAGGGCUCAGAGGGCUGAGGGUCCUGCCACGGUCAUGGCCAUUGGAACGGCAACUCCCAAUUGUGUCGACCAAAGCACUUACCCGGACUAUUAUUUCCGUAUCACCAACAGCGAGCACAAGACUGAGCUCAAAGAGAAGUUCAAGCGCAUGUGUGACAAAUCCAUGAUCAAGAAGCGCUACAUGUACUUGACAGAGGAGAUCCUAAAAGAAAAUCCCAACGUGUGCGCCUACAUGGCUCCUUCGUUGGAUGCUAGGCAAGACAUGGUGGUAGUUGAAGUACCAAAGCUAGGCAAAGAAGCAGCCACCAAGGCCAUCAAGGAAUGGGGCCAGCCCAAGUCCAAGAUCACCCACUUACUCUUCUGCACCACUAGUGGUGUGGACAUGCCCGGGGCUGAUUAUCAGCUUACUAAGCUCUUGGGCCUUCGCCCAUCUGUUAAGCGCCUCAUGAUGUACCAGCAAGGUUGUUUCGCCGGUGGCACGGUCCUCCGCCUAGCAAAAGACCUUGCUGAGAACAACAAGGGUGCACGUGUGCUCGUCGUGUGCUCCGAAAUCACCGCUGUCACAUUCCGUGGGCCUAGUGACGCCCACCUCGAUAGUCUUGUGGGCCAGGCCUUGUUUGGAGAUGGUGCAGCUGCAAUCAUAAUUGGAGCUGAUCCAAUCCCCGAGGUCGAGAAGCCUUUAUUUGAAUUAGUCUCUGCGGCCCAAACAAUUCUCCCCGAUAGUGAUGGGGCCAUCGAUGGGCAUCUUCGCGAGGUUGGGCUUACAUUCCAUCUCCUAAAGGAUGUUCCUGGGCUCAUUUCAAAGAACAUUGAGAAGAGUUUGGUGGAGGCCUUCCAACCCUUAGGCAUCACAGAUUGGAACUCUCUCUUUUGGAUCGCACACCCUGGUGGGCCUGCAAUCCUGGACCAAGUAGAGGAGAAGUUGGCUCUCAAGCCCGAAAAGUUGCGUUCCACACGUCACGUGCUUAGCGAGUAUGGCAACAUGUCCAGCGCUUGCGUGCUGUUUAUCUUGGAUGAGAUGAGAAGGAAGUCUGUUGAGGAUGGGCUGAAGACCACCGGAGAAGGGCUCGAGUGGGGUGUGCUGUUUGGGUUCGGGCCUGGGCUGACAGUUGAGACUGUUGUGCUGCAUAGUUUGUCUGCUUAGAGGCCUAUUAUUGAUUCUAUCUGGCCCACGGUGUUUCUAAAGUUCUGUGCCUAAUUUGUUUGGUUGUUGCAUUUUCCACAAUGAAGUGUGUGCGUUUCAAACUGGGUGUGUUCAUUUUCAUGUUGUAGAUUGCUUCAUAAAAAGAAAAGGAGAAAUCCUUAUAUUAUGAUGAUGGGAUAUCUUAUGUUGCA